AUGCUUUCCAGAUCAGCGUUUCUUCAUGGCCAUAGCGCAGUUCGUGCUGCAACAGCUCGAACUGCCAGUCAACUCAGUACCAAUGGUACUCGUACCAGUUUCCAGAAUAUAUUUGUUCAGAGCCGUAACAGCCACUAUAAUUCGAAAUCAGACGAUGUCAAUGCAAGACCUCCAGUGACAAUUCCUCAACUACGGAAACUAUACAAAAACAAGACCCCCAUCUCCAUGAUUACUGCCCAUGACUAUAUUUCGGGGAUGUUGGCUGACCGAGCUGGCGUGGACAUGGUUCUCGUAGGCGAUUCACUAGCCAUGGUUUCUAUGGGCCAUGAAAGUACUAGCGAGAUUGAUCUCAACGACAUGGUAUACCAUACUCGAGCAGUAUCUCGAGGAGUCAAAUCGUCAUUCCUGAUUGCUGAUCUGCCAUUCGGGUCGUACGAAACAAGUCCUGAACAGGCGUUCGAUUCGGCUGUGAAAAUGAUAAAAAAGGGCAAUGCCCAAGCCGUGAAGAUUGAAGGCGGCAAGGAAUUAUAUCCUACUAUUAAAAAGCUGACCGAUUUCGGUAUUCCUGUUGUUGGCCAUAUUGGACUUACUCCACAACGUCAGAAUGCAUUAGGCGGGUUCAGAGUUCAGGGAAAGACUGCCAAAUCCGCUGUUGAGCUUCUUGAGAAUGCAUUGGCUAUUCAAGAGGCCGGAUGUUUUAUCAUGAUCAUCGAGGCUGUUCCCGACAAAGUGGGUUCUCUCAUCACUGAGAAGCUCUCAGUUCCGACCAUUGGCAUUGGCGCUGGUCCCGGUACGUCUGGUCAAGUGCUGGUCCAGCUCGACAUGCUCGGUGGUUUCGAUGCUUUUGUGCCCAAAUUCCUGAAAAGAUACUCUAACUACCUCGAAACAAACGUCAACGCCAUCAAAACCUACAGCGACGAGGUCAAGUCCCACCAGUUCCCCUCCACCGAGCACACCUACUCCAUCACAGACGACGAGUUCGCCAAGUUCCAGGACCUCGUGGCCAAAAAGGGCUACUAA